AUGUGUGAAGCGGUGCGAACGGACUUUGAAAACAAGGAAGCGGGUCAAAGACUGGCCGCAGGACGUUCUGCAUGUUGUAGUUUGAGCUCUUCAACAUCACCGAUGAUCAUUCAGCGAAGUCGAUCUCCAGUUCGUUCGGUGUUACCGUCCAACAGUGGGGCUGCGGCUGCUGCGAAACUGUAUGGAGUGCCUUUGAGAGGUAACACUGCAAAAGGUGGUUCGUCCUUGGCGCCAAGUGUUGAUAACAGAAGGUGGUCUGUGGCUUCUCUGCCGUCGUCUAGCGGCUACGGAACACCUGGCAGUAAUUCGGCAUUUUCGAGCGAAUACUCUUCACAAGAACAAUUAUGUGAGGCACUAGGGGACUUAAGGAUGGCACCUCGCUUUGAUAGUAACGAUAGUUACGCAGAAGAAACUCCGCAACAUAUUCGUCCACGAUCGCGUAGUUUGACGAGUCCUGUCGCGUUUGACUGUGAUCUUAACUGUGAUACAACAUUACGAAGUACUGUUUAUAAGGAACGUUUUCCCAAGGCUAAGCAACAAAUGGAGGAACGUUUGGCUCAGUUUUUAGACGAACAUGCUCCCCUCUCAGGCUCGUCUGUUGUAGAAUCUUCUAGUACUUCUAGACCGUCUUCUCCGCUAGUUGGAGGACUUUCAAUCAAUUCGUCAACUUAUUCUCAAAUUCAUUCGUCAUCACUUUCUGUCGCUGGUCAGUCUGCGGUGGAUCCGAAUAUUUUUCGUCUAAUUUCGGAUGGCGCAACUCGAUUUAUACAUCAUCAGAUCGUUGAAAUUGCUUCUGAUUGCCUAGCCAAAUCUAAAGAAGACCUUAUUACCUGCGCGUACUUUUGUGAAAUGUCUCAAAGGCUAGAAAAUAUUCUGAGUGAGGCUCAGGAGAAGACUAAUGCAGCAUCUUUUGCUUACUUAUCAAAGAUAGUUCGCUCCCUGCUUAUGAUUGUUUCUCGGCCGGCUAGACUUCUAGAAUGUCUUGAAUUUGAUCCCGACGAAUUUUAUCAGCUAUUGGAAGAAACAGAGGGUGCAGUUCGUGAGCAGCUCGGCGCGGGUAACGCUAGAGUGCCUGAUUUGCCACAGUAUAUAAUAAGCAAAUUAGGUUUAGACAGAGACCCUUUAGUUGAGAUGGAUCCAGAUUUGUUUGAAGCCGAACCCUUGCCUUCUACCAACACCUCGUUUGACAAUAGUGAUUCACGGAUUCAAACUUGGCCAGCAGACAACAAACCGCCUCGAGAAGAUGAUUUUGAAGUUAUUCGGCUUAUUAGUAACGGCGCUUAUGGCGCUGUCUAUCUAGUGCGUCAUCGGGAAACCAGGCAACGAUUUGCACUCAAGAAAAUGAAUAAGCAUACACUUGUUAUGCGAAAUCAAGUUGAUCAGGUUUACGCAGAAAGAGAUAUUCUUACUUUUACUGAUAAUCCGUUCGUCGUAUCUUUUUACGGUUCUUUCGAAACGCGACAACAUCUUUGCAUGUUAAUGGAGUAUGUGGAAGGCGGUGAUUGCGCUGCAUUAUUAAAGAACGCUGGAACUUUACCUUUUGAUGUUGCAAGGCUUUAUAUUGCUGAAACGGUUUUAGCGAUUGAUUAUCUUCAUUCGUAUGGCAUUGUUCAUCGUGAUUUGAAACCUGACAAUUUGCUUAUCACUGCAAUGGGACAUAUCAAGCUUACUGAUUUUGGUCUUUCUAAAAUUGGCUUAAUGAAUCGGACCACGCUUGUAUGUGAAGGGUAUUUAGACGUAGCUGAUACACAGCAAUUUAAAGAUAAACAACUUUGUGGCACACCUGAAUACAUUGCACCCGAAGUAAUUCUGCGUCAAGGAUAUGGCAAACCGGUGGAUUGGUGGGCAUUAGGGAUAAUACUCUAUGAAUUCCUGAUUGGUAUUGUUCCAUUCUUAGGCGAAACUCCAGAGGAACUUUUUGCAAAUAUCAUUGGAGAAGAUAUUGAGUUUCCUGAGGGUGAGGAAGCGCUUCCUAAUGAAGCAGAGUCUUUAAUAAUUCAGUUGUUAGAGAAGAAUCCUGCCCAUCGUCUAGGCACUUUGGGUGGGGCGCAGCAAAUUAGUACUGAACCCUUCUUUGCCCAUUUGGAUUUUCGGUAUUUGUUACGCCAGAAAGCGGAAUUUAUUCCCCGAUUGGAAAAUGAAGAAGAUACGUCAUUCUUUGACACUAGAACUGACAGGUACAACCAUGAUGCUGAAAGUGGUGAUGACGACACCGCUCCGAUGUUUGGAUCUUUUAGCACAGCAUCUCCGCGACAUUCCAUUAUUGGAUACGAACAUGCUUCAAACCUUCAGAUGUCUUGUAGUAUACCUACUCAAAGUUCUUUCCCAGAGCCAGUAAGUAGGACACGAGCCGAGUCGGAAUCGGUAGUUGCAAACAGAUCAUGUGAAUUAUCGGAAGGACCGUCGAGUGAUUCCAAAUUUGAUUCGGCGCUUCAUUUACGCCGAAGAUUUUCCGCUCAGCGUCAGACUAAUUUAUCGACUUCUAGCAGUGGGACAAUGGGUACGGGAUGCUUCAACACGGCAUGUUGUUCUACUGAUUCGUCUAUGGAUGCUUCUGUUUUGUUAGGUGAUGCACCUUGUCACUCUCCUCUUUCACUUGAGGGAGCACGUCGUAAUACGUCAACUCCAUCUCCUCUUCCUAGGUUUGCUAUAUCGUGUGAGCCUGACGAUUCUCACUCAGCUACUGGAGAAAGAAAAGAACUUUCGCCGGUCGAUGAGGCUCGACCACCCUCUGAGAAGGAUGUUCCUGAUACUUCGCGAUCUGACUGUGCGGAAGUAGUUUUGCGUGGUGGUGGUAUUGCAAGGAUCGGUGCAGGUGGUAGCUUGCAACUCGUUAUUCCUGGCACUGGUAAUGGUGUGUCGCAACAUUCUCCGGGUGCUGGAUCUGUUUCCAGCGUUUCUUCUGUCGAUUGUUCAUCACCUAUAGCUCCAGCAUCAUCUUCGACUUCUGGGCCAGAUUCUUCCAUCUCUCAUAGUUGCCAAAAACCACUUAUUGUUAUUAGAAAAGGUCCUAAGGGAUUUGGUUUCACUAUUCGAUCCGUACGGGUAUACUUAAGUGAACAUUCUGAUUACUACACUAUUGAACACCUUGUCAUUGAAGUAGAUGAAGCAUCUCCAGCUUACGAAGCAGGUCUUCGUGCAGAUGAUCUUAUCACUCAUGUAAAUUCGCAACCUGUUUCAAAUUUGACUCACCCUCAGUUGAUGCACAGGAUAUUGUCUUACGGCAGUGAACUGACACUCAAGGUGAUUCCAAUGUCAUCUACGACAAUUAGGGAAGGAGCGCCGCGUCGUUCGGUUGGUAAGUUGGCAAAAAAGAAGCCUAAGCGGCCACAGAGGCGAGUUCCAAUGGAAAAGAAACCUCGCAAACCUUCUUCCCUGUUGCGCCACUUGAGUGGGAAGCGUGGAAAUAAUGAUAUCGUGCCCGGAAGUUCUUUGCAAAAACAGACAUUUAUACCUCGUUCGGUGUCUAGUCAGGAUGGGAUACAACUGAGCACUUCCGUUACAAGUACCACCCCAUCUACUUCUGCUACCGCAAUAGUGACUACCGUCACUUCACGUUCAAAGAGAAUGUCAGAUGUUGGUGUCGCUCAAGAGGAAGUGUGCACUGCUGGAAAAUCUCCGCUUGCUGUCCCCCAAGUUAUAAGGCCGUCGACUUUGCAGGGUUUGAAACACAAGGUUGCUGGGAUGGCUCAUCAGUUGACUGCCAGAAAAUAUACGAGUUCUGUUCCAAUGCCCGUUAGUCCGUUAGCGAGGAAUGAAAAUGUUGCUCCGAACUUCUCGAGGUCUCCUAGUCCAACACCACAGGUAAAUGAGGAUGUAUCGGCUGACGUAAAGGAAGAAUAA